AUGGGCGGUAUGAAUUAUCAUAUUGAGAUUUCAUUUGAGGACGGGGUUUGCUGGUUGGCGCGCGUUCGGAGAUUCAAUGUUACUUCACCCCCUCUGGAACUGCAAAACUACAUCAUGCGCAGCGAGGUUGCCACACUCGAGUUUUUGGAAGAAACAAAGAUUCCUGCCCCAAAGGUCUUUGAUUUCAGCUUGGAUGAGGCGAACCCUGUUGGUGUUCGGUACAUCCUCAUGGAAAAAUUGCCUGGGAGAUCUCUGUCCUGGUCUGAUGCUACCCGAAAGCAACGCUUGAAGGUGAUUGAUCAGCUUGCUGAUAUCUAUAUCGAACUGCAUGCCCAUCCUUUUCCCAUGAUGGGCUCUUUGGACAAAAUUGGUUCUAACCUUUUUAUUGGGCCGUUUGCAAGAGAGUCCCUAGCCGACUUUGGAGAAUCUGGAUUGAAAAUGCUUGGACCAUUUUCGUCUUCAGAACAGUAUUACAAUGCACACCUCGAUUUGAUUUUGGACUUGAUUGUGCGGCAAGAAGCUUAUGCAAAUCGUCCAAUAGACGCCUUUUUGAUACACCGUUAUCUCCAGGAAAACAUUCCGACAAUCCUCCCAUAUGCGAGCCUGGAUGACGCGUCGUUCUAUUUGAAGCAUGCAGAUGAGAAAGGGGAUCAAAUUUUGGUGGACGACCAGUUUCGAAUUACAGGCAUUAUUGACUGGGAGUGGGCGCACACGGGUCCCAAGUUUUCAGUUUUCAAUUCUCCCAUCGUUCUCCUUCCACUUGCUGAGUUCUACAAUGGGAAUAAUGGCUUAGGUGAUGAAGAAAUGACUUUUUCCCACUUGCUGGAAAAAAAAGGGCAUACCGACCUUGGAGACAUAGUCAGGAAGGGGCGGCUUCUUCACCGCCUGCAAUUUUGCUGCGGUUAUGACCUUCCUGACUGGGAUGGAUACAAGGACAUCUUUAUGGGCCUGGUCAGGGCCUUACACAAAGACGGAAACUCGAACAACCUGGAUUAUGAAACUUGGAAGGCGGAGGCCAUCCAGCGGUACAGUGCUGAUCGUCGGCUCAAAAAGCUUGCCAUUUUGUAUGGGUAA